AUGUAUAGGGUUGGGUAUUUGGAACUGAAGGCUUCUUAUGCUUUUCUUCUUGGAGUAAUCCCAAUUUUUGUUGGUUGGAUAUACUCAGAGCUACUUGAGUACAGGAAAUAUUGGGUUCCCUUAAAACCUCACUCAGAUAAUAAUCUGGUUGAAUUGGGAGACGUAGCAGAGAAGGACGAUGACAAAGCUGACUUGUUGGAGGGAGGUCUUUCCCGAUCGACAUCUUUACGGUUUCAUAAUUCAACCAUCAGAACAAACAUCAUUAGGUUUUUGUGUAUGGACGAUUCGUUUUUGCUGGAACACCGUGCAACGCUGAGAGCAAUGUCGGAGUUUGGAGCAAUUUUAGUAUAUUUCUAUAUCUGUGACCGCACGGAAUUGCUUGGAGAUUCUACCAAGAAUUACAACCGCGACCUUUUCCUUUUUCUCUACGCUCUUCUCAUCAUAGUAUCAGCCAUGACAUCUCUCAGAAAGCACAAAGACAAGUCACCUAUAACUGGGAAAUCCAUUCUUUACCUUAACCGCCACCAAACUGAACAGUGGAAAGGAUGGAUGCAGGUUUUGUUCUUAAUGUAUCACUACUUUGCUGCGACUGAGUUAUACAACGCAAUCCGUAUCUUUAUUGCUGCUUAUGUUUGGAUGACUGGUUUUGGAAACUUCUCCUACUACUAUGUCAGAAAGGAUUUCUCUGUUGCACGUUUUGCACAGAUGAUGUGGAGGCUGAACUUCUUUGUAGCAUUUUGUUGUAUUGUUCUCAACAAUGACUAUAUGCUGUAUUACAUCUGCCCAAUGCACACUCUCUUCACUUUAAUGGUGUAUGGAGCUCUGGGUAUCUGCAGCAAGUACACUGAUAUAGGAUCUGUGAUGGCUUUGAAGAUAUUUUCAUGCUUCCUCGUUGUCUUUUUGAUGUGGGAAAUUCCUGGAGCUUUUGAAAUAUUUUGGGGUCCAUUAGCAUUCUUGUUAGGUUACAGUGAUCCUGCAAAGCCCGAUCUUCAUCGACUGCAUGAAUGGCACUUCAGAUCAGGCCUUGACCGCUACAUAUGGAUUAUCGGAAUGAUUUAUGCCUAUUAUCACCCGACUGUAGAGAGAUGGAUGGAGAAGUUAGAGGAGUGUGAAACGAAGAAAAGACUAUCCAUAAAAACCGCUAUUGUUACUAUUGCCGUGCUUGUCGGCUAUGUGUGGUAUGAAUGUAUCUACAAGCUGGACAAGACCAGUUACAACAUGUAUCAUCCAUACACAUCUUGGAUCCCCAUCACUGUUUACAUAUGCCUUCGGAAUUUCACCCACCAGCUUCGGAGUGUCUCAUUGACUCUCUUCGCAUGGCUCGGCAAGAUCACUUUACAAACUUACAUUUCUCAGUUUCAUAUAUGGCUAAGAUCAAACAUGCCUGAUGGGCAACCCAAAUGGCUUCUCUCUAUUAUUCCGGGAUACCCUAUGCUGAACUUUAUGCUCACAACUGCGAUAUACGUCCUCGUAUCUCACCGUCUCUUUGAACUAACCAACACACUCAAGACGGUUUUUGUACCCACAAAAGACAACAAACGUCUCUUAUCUAACUUCAUAGCUGGGAUCGCCAUCGCUCUUCCUCUCUAUUGCUUCUCAUUCGUUCUUCUUCAGAUUCAUCGCUAAAAACCGCAGAAAGAAGUGUUUUUCUUUGUGUUAUAUUUGUGGAUCAUUUUC